AUGUCGACAGACGCUGAAACUAAAGGCAAAAAGCGAACACAUGAUGAAGAUGAUGAAUCCAAUGGAGAUGUUGAAACAACAACAACAACAACAACAACUGGUUCAAAAAAAAAGGCAACACCAGUUAAAGCAGCAACAUCAACAACAAGAAAUAAACAACCAAUUAAUGAUGAUGAUGAAUCACGCGAAGAAACCAAUGAUGAUGAUUCAAAUAGUGUAGAAGCUAGAGCUGCUUCAAGUAAUGCUAAAGGUACAUCAAAACGAAAUGGAAAUGCAACAUCUACUGAUGCUACUGCUAGUGGAGAUCUAGAGGAAAGUGCUGAUUAUGAAGAUGAUGAAGAAGAAAAUUCUGAUGAAGAAGAUUUUAAAGAACAAGGUGAAGGCAGUGAAAGUGACGAUGGUAAAAGUGGUAGCGAUGUAGGUGCUGGUGGUGAUGAUGAUGAAUCAAAAGAUGUUGGUGAAGAAGAUGACGAUGAAGGUGAUGAAGAAUCAAGAGAGUAA